UAAGUAGGUACCUCUACCUGCUACAGGGUGCCUAUCUAGCUUCCAUUUGCAUCUACCUUACCUCAGAGAGAGGCACACUUCUAUCCGGUGCAUGCCUUAACUUCACUUCCUGCCGUUUGGUCGGUCGCCUCUGCAAUACUCAAGGAGGUAGGAAGGAGCGAGCACCUACCCGCUCGUUCUUUCCUUGCAUCGGGGAAUUCUCUAUAUACCUUUCCUCCCUCCAUCAUUGUUUUGGUCAUCUUGCCUAAAACCCACGAUCCCGUCUCGUCUCGUUGAUUCCCUUCAUCACAUACCGGGUAAUAUCUCGACUUUAGACACCCAAUUCACCCGCAGGUAACAAAAAACCAACAACAAUUUCUCAAGGCUGCCCAGACCAGAAAGGUAUGCUACACCGUGUUCUUGUUUGCGCCUUCUCUCAUCACCUGUUGGAGCUGCUCUCGGUCACUCCGCUUUGCCCGUUUUUGCCGACGACUCCCUCACUUCUUUCCCUGGUCGAACCUGAACCUUCUUCCUCACACAGUGGCCCAGUCAUUCUCUUCUUCACCGGCUGGUUCAUGCCCGCCGUACUUGCUACCUCUCUAGAUAGGUACGCGAUACGUGCCCAUCGAAAUCCACAAGUGUGGCCAGGAAUACACAGGGUAGGAUGACUCUUGGUUCCCCAGCAGAAGUUUAUUGUGCGCCACAUUCUGUGUCCAUGAUUUGGCCCCAGGUACCCAUCGCCCGAACGGGUGCGAGAAGGUAGCCUUGGCCGCUCCCAUAUUCUCUGCAGUUCGCGGCUGCGCAGACUUGCCUGCCACUUUCUCCAUUUCCGUCGAAUGACUGGCUACUCACACACUUCCUCUUGCUUCCUCCUCACUGAACCUUUACCCCGGUGUAGCCAAUAUGCGGGCUUGGUUGAGAAAAUUGCGUCAAGAUGGGAAUCCGGUUAACCAAGCACAGCGUAGGCAUUACCCAAAUUCUGAGUCACUGCUGCUACCUUUGGACUCGGUGCAGGACGAGGCUGUGACCCAGAAAGAGUCUUGUCUUGUGACGAGGCUACGAAAGAGUAUCGCGACUGGGGUCCAUGGCUUUUUGAAAGCCCGCCUGCCAUCGAUGAGCGCCGACGCAGAAACGGCGGAAAUGACGGGUGUCGCCGAUGAGGCCAAGAGAGCCUGUGUAACAACCGUCCUGGACGUGUUCCCAGGAAUAUGUCCCGAUUUCCUCGACAAGACGGCUGCCAAAUUCCAGUACAACCCAGACAAAACAAUCGAAGACAUUCUGGAUCUGGUUGAAGAUGGCAAGCCUUACCCCAAGAGGUUUUACUUCAAGACACUCAAGCGCAAGAGGGAAGGGCCAGAGGAUCCCGAUGACGAGGCCACUAUUCUCCGUACAUACAACUAUCCCGGUCGAAUGAAGGAGUCAACUCGAGAGUACAUUGUCAUGGCGAAGAAGCUGUUGAAGCAAGAAUUUCCAUCUGCAACUAUGAGUAGCAUUCUGAAGAUCUUUGCCAGCAAGGACAACCAGUUGCUGCCAGCAUACAUGGCCGUUGACGCUGCUAUGAAAGAGAACCAAUGGUCGCCAGGGAAGGUCUAUGUCAACAUUGCGUACAAAAAGUCGCCUACUUCAACAGACCCCCAAUAUGAGGGCGUUCGACUAGACAACACCAUACAGCUCACAAACAAUCCAGAGGAGAAAAGAGCUUUGAAGGAACUUCAAGCUGCUCGUAAACUAUUGCUCAAGCGCAAGGAGGCGAUCGAAAAGGAGAAUGCAGAACGCAACAACCUUUUUUGGGCUAGAGAAAUCGGUGAAGUCAAGGAGUGUGGAUGUUGCUUUGAAGAGUUUGCCCAGAACCUGCCUUUUUUCUGUCUUUUACGUGCCGUGGAGAAUACAACUAACGUUUCAAAGUUCUUUUGUGUCGGCUGCGCCCAACAGGCUGCUGAAACUGCUGUUGGUCAAUCAAAGUAUGAGCUAGCCUGCAUGUCCAUGGAUAUUUGCGAGGCUGGCUUCUCCCACCAGGAGCGCCAGAAGUUCCUUACCGAUAAACUCUCAUCAGCCCUGGAUCGCAUUGAAAACGAGGCUGUCCUCCGAAUGGCUGGCAUAGAGAACCUGGAAAGAUGCCCCUUUUGCCCCUACGCUGCCGAAUACCCUCCAGCCAACACCAACCGAGAAUUUCGAUGCGACAACCCAGAUUGCCAGAAGGUCAGCUGUCGCCUCUGCAAGGAAGAAACACAUGUUCCCAAGACCUGCGAGGAGAACACACGGGAUAAUGGUAUCAAGGCUAAGCAUGAAAUCGAGGAAGCCAUGUCAGCAGCUAUGAUUCGCAAGUGCAACAAAUGUGGUACCCCUUUUAUCAAAGAAGAGGGAUGCAACAAGAUGGCCUGCGUUGCUGCCAAUUGUGCAAACAUACAAUGCUAUGUGUGCUCCCAAUCUUGCGACUACAGCCACUUCAAUGACCCAGCCAGAGGCGGAAAGCAAGGCAAUUGCCCUCUCUUUGACGACGUGAAUGCACGUCACAACGCUGAAGUGCAACGUGCAGAGGAAGAGGCUCGCCAGAAAGUCUUAGAGAGCAACCUCCAGAUCAACAGAGACAUGCUUAUGUUUGGCAAGCCAGAACGCAAGCGUGCUAAACCAGUCGGCAAGCUAAUCCUUGAGCCAAUACCUCACCUACCAUCGCAGGAUAAGAUAGCAAUGCAACGCCCCCGUCCGAGAUAUGGUGAUGUCGAAAAUCUGCCUGUACCCCGAGAAAUGGGUGCAAUCCGAGCUCUGGCGGCUCAAGCACAGGUGGCUGCACAGCCAGGCUAUGGUCAACAACAUGCUGUUGGCCAACUAGCCCUGCAGAGUAACGUUGGAGAACCUCAACAGCACGGAUACGACGUGCCUCCCUUAGGCCCAGGGGAUCGUCGACAGUCUCCGAGUCCCCGACAAGCUCCAGCUCCUCGACGCUCUCUGGGCCUUCAAGAAGCUCCAGACCCUCCUCUACAGGCUCCGCAGAUCCAAAAGCCAUUGACUCAUAAUGGGCCUCCGGCAGGGCCGCUUGUUGGAAGUCCUCAUCGAGUCCACGGCUGUGUCCGGCCUUCUCCAGAGAGGGCCGAAGACAUGAAUCGUUUCGCAGUUCCCAAGUAUCAACCCCCGCCUCAGGCCCAGCAAGCCCAGGCACCUGGACCCAGGCAGCCAGGCGACUUUCGGGGCUUGCACAACGUUGACGAUCGGAGACAACUUGUGCAAAACCGUGAUUCGCCGGAAGUCAAUCCGUUCAAGCGGCGAAUCAACUACCAACCACGGCGAGCAUUGGUUAGGCCAGACAAAGAAGCCCGACCCGAGACCCCAAUGUCGCUGAUGGACUUGAGAAAGCCUAUGGAUCGCGAUAAGAGCGUCCAGCGCCUUCCGGAUCCCAUGCCAGCGCUGCAAGUCAGUCCACAACAAGAGAGUGCGAAUCGUGCGCAAAGACUUCGAGUGUCUCUACAAGACGGUUGGCCAAUGGCCAACCAUGGUCGCAAUCAUCAGGACGCGCAGCAAUCCCACAAUGGUGAGCGCAGUGUUGUGGCGAAUGUGUGUGCGGAAUAUCUUCGGAAACGGGAUGUCCGACAACUCGCCGCAGACGAUGAAGCCCCGACGGUGACGGAUUGGACCUCGAUUUGGAGACAGGCAGUUGCUAAGGGCAAUGAACCCGGUCAAGCUAUACGAGAGGAGUUCACCAGAGGGACCGAAGUAGGGUACGGCGCAGUGAACGUUCGGUCCCGAGCCCCUGAAGCUGCGGUGCCUGUGGCACACGCUCAGUCGCAGUCCAACGGCUUUAAUCUGAACGGUUUAUUGCAACCGCCGGCACCGAAUCGCCCCAACUGGCUGGUGGAAGCCAGACGGCGUGGAAUGGCACGUGGCAUGCUUGAACCCGCCCGUGGAAAUUCCAAGGACAAGCCUUUUGUUCUGGACUAA